CCUGUGACGCCAGCACGUAGGCGCCAUGUUCCAUGAACCUGUGCCGGUUUGAAAUAUAAAGUAAAACAUACGUAGGGAAAUUAAUGUUAUUCCGGUACUAAUAUACCGUUUUCUAGAGGUGGCCGCCGCACAGAAUUUCCUUUAAUCACCUUUCCGAAAAAGGUGUCUAAGGUAGCUCGUGUGCCAUGAGUUUGUUCGGGACGAGUUCUGGAUUUGGUGCUGGAGGCACCAGCGUUUUUGGUAGCACGACAACAGAUAGUCACAAUCCCAUGAAGGAUGUUGAAGUGACCUCGCCUCCUGAUGACAGUAUUAGCUGCCUUGCAUUCAGCCCGCCAGCCAUGCCAGGGAAUUUCCUGAUUGGAGGAUCAUGGGCUAAUGAUGUGCGGUGCUGGGAGGUGCAGGACAACGGACAGACUGUCCCCAAGGCCCAGCAGAUGCACACCGGGCCUGUCCUGGAUGUUUGUUGGAGUGAUGAUGGAAGCAAGGUUUUCACUGCCUCCUGUGAUAAAACGGCGAAGAUGUGGGACCUUAAUAGUAAUCAGGCCAUGCAGAUCGCACAGCAUGAAGGGCCUAUCAAGACAAUCCACUGGAUUAAAGCCCCUAACUACAGUUGUGUUAUGACUGGUAGUUGGGACAAAACUUUGAAGUUCUGGGACACCCGUUCCCCCAACCCCAUGAUGUCCCUGCCGAUGCCUGAGCGAUGCUACUGUGCCGAUGUGGUCUACCCCAUGGCGGUGGUGGCCACAGCUGAGCGAGGGCUGAUUGUGUACCAGCUAGAGAACCAGCCCUCUGAGUUCCGGAGGAUAGACUCCCCCCUCAAACAUCAGCACCGCUGUGUCGCAAUCUUCAAGGAUAAGCAGAACAAACCCACCGGCUUUGCUCUGGGGAGCAUCGAGGGACGGGUGGCCAUUCAGUACAUCAACCCUCCCAACCCUGCAAAGGAUAACUUCACAUUUAAGUGCCACAGGUCCAACGGCACCAAUACGGCCACGCCGCAGGACAUCUAUGCUGUGAAUGCCAUCUCCUUCCAUCCCGUCCAUGGAACCCUGGCUACCGUGGGCUCCGAUGGACGCUUCAGUUUCUGGGACAAAGAUGCCCGGACUAAGCUGAAGACCUCCGAGCAGCUGGAUCAGCCUAUCACAGCUUGCUGUUUCAACCAUAACGGCAACAUUUUUGCCUAUGCUUCCAGUUAUGACUGGUCUAAGGGACAUGAGUACUACAACCCCCAGAAAAAGAACUACAUCUUCCUGCGAAAUGCGGCUGAGGAGUUGAAACCUCGUAAUAAGAAAUGAUUGUCUGGUCUGUAAAGGAGCAAUUCUGAGCAGAUCCUUGCAGCUGUGUCACGUCUGUUGUGGGGGCAAACCCAAAGGGCAGCACGCGCGCAGAAGACCUGCCUUUACAUGUGUAUAUACAGGAGACCUCUUUUUGCCUUGCGUCUGGACCAAUGGCACGGCACUGCGCGCUCUAAGCGGACCAACCCAUAGGGCUCUUUGCUGUCCGCUUUGAUGCCAUUCUUGUGAAUUCCAUUCGUAUAGGAAUAUUUUUCUUUUGUAUAUUGCAUCCUUAAAUCACUUUCCGCUUGUUUUGUCACUUCAUGGUGUAGUUCUGCAUAGAAAAUGUGAGAUGAAUAAAAGCAGCUUUUUGGUCAAA